GGCUUACUUAUUGUUAAAUAUUUUAAAGAAAACCUUGAAGAAUAACUUGAUUGAAUUUACUUGCAAUUUAUGAGAAUGUCAAAUCGUAAAAUUUCAGAUACUAUUGCUAUAGUACGUGGUAUGAGAAUAAUUUUUGAUGCAGUAUUAAGAGAGCAUGGGAAAAAUUUUCCAAUAUUGAAACUGGAUAAUGUUAAAACUUUUACUGAUGAGAGGUUUAAAGGUUUGGAAAAAUUAUUGAUCAAUAUAGAUGAAAGUAAACUUCCUGAAAAAUUAAAAAAAGACUUGGAAGAAUUUACUGACAAAAUAUAUGUAAUUGAAAAAAGUUUCUCUCAGUAUACAAAAAUUAGAAUUGAAGAAAUUUUAAAUUUAAAAGAUAUAUCAAAUAUUUUUAAAGAUGAUGUCAGUGACAAAAAGAAGAAAUUACAUGUUUAUAAUCCAUCGAAGGAUCCAAUGGAAAUAUUAACAAAUGGUGUCAAAACAAAUAUAAAACAUGUUCAAAAUAUGUCAAAAUCUAUUCAAAAUACAAAUAAUGCCAAUGUAAACAAUAGUAAUAAAUACAAUGAAUUACCAAUAAAAUAUUCAAGUGUAAAAGAAAAAAUAGAAACAAUUGGUACUGCUCAUACUGAAAUACCAAAAAUUAAGCUUUCAGAAAAAGAUGAAAAAUUGUUAAGAAAAUUAGAGCUAGAACAUGAAGAAAAAAUCAAAAAGCAAGAAGUUUUAAAAAUAAAUAAUGUAUAUUCAAAACAAAUUGAAAAUAUAACAGAUAUAAACAAUAUAAAUAGUAAACAAAUUCCUUGUCCAGAUGCAAAUAGCAAACCAAAAUACAUGCUUUCGAAAGACGCUAAAGCCAUAAAAGUUCCAUCCACUAGAUUAGAAAGAAUGGUUAGUUUUGGUACACUUGGUAUUGGGCUUGGAAUUGGAACAUUAGCCGAGUAUACACGAAGAACUUUAGGAAUUAAAAGACAAACUAUUGACAAAACACUUGAUAAUGUGUUUCUUACCAAAACAAAUGCUGAACGAAUUGUAUCAACAUUAUGUAAAGUUAGAGGUGCAGCUUUGAAAAUUGGUCAAAUUCUUAGUAUUCAGGAUAACACAAUUAUCGGUCCCGAGUUACAAAAUGCUUUUGAAAGAGUUAGACAAAGUGCAGAUUUUAUGCCAACUUGGCAAGUUCAUAAAGUUUUAUGUGGUCAAUUAGGACAAAAUUGGAGAGAGAAAUUAGAAACAUUUGAUGAAAAGCCAUUUGCUGCAGCUUCUAUUGGUCAAGUACAUCAUGCUACUUUACAUGAUGGAAGAUCUGUUGCAAUAAAAAUUCAGUAUCCAGGAGUAGCAGCUGGUAUACAGAGUGAUAUAGAAAAUUUAAUUGGUCUAAUGAAGGUGUGGAAUAUGUUUCCUGAUGGAAUGUUCAUUGACAAUAUUGUGGAAGUUGCUAAAAAGGAAUUAGCUUGGGAAGUUGAUUAUAUUAGAGAAGCUGAAUGCACUAGGUUUUAUAGAAGACUAGUUGAACCUUAUCCACAAUAUUAUGUUCCUGAAGUUAUAAAUGAUUUAUGCACAAGUCAAAUAUUUACUUCUGAGUUAAUUGAAGGCACACCAAUUGAUAAAUGUGUAAACUUGGAUAUAAAAACUAGAGAAUAUAUUUGCAAACUCAUCAUGCACUUAUGCUUAAAAGAAUUAUUUGUAUUUCGAUAUAUGCAAACUGAUCCCAAUUGGUCUAAUUUUUUUUUUAAUCCAAAAACGAAACAAUUGAUAUUAUUGGAUUUUGGUGCUUGUAGAAACUAUGAAAAAAAAUUCAUGGAUAAAUAUAUCGAAGUAAUAAAUAGUGCAAGUGAAGGAGAUAGACAAAAAGUAUUAAUUUUAUCUAAAGAAAUGGGAUUCUUGACUGGCUAUGAAUCUAGAGUCAUGGAAGAAGCACACAUUAAUACAGUAAUGAUUUUAGGUCAAGUAUUUGAUAAAAAUCAUGAAUUUUUUGACUUUGGAGGUCAAAAUAUUACAAAAAAAAUACAGAAAUUAGUACCAACUAUCGUAUAUCAUCGACUCUGUCCUCCACCAGAAGAGAUCUAUAGCUUACAUAGAAAAUUAUCGGGUGUAUUUUUACUAUGCGCAAAAUUGAAAGUCAAAAUUAACUGCAGAGAUAUGUUUCAGGAAGUGUACAAAAAUUAUAAAUUUGGAUAAUAUUUCACUUGUAUUAU